AUAUAAACAUCUUAUAUUUACAUUUACUACUAUGCCUAGAGUACGUAUGCGGUCUGAUGCACCUCUAUUUUCACCCCAAGAUUAUUCAUAUAUUAUGCAAUGUCGUGAUAUAAAGUCAAGAUAUAAAAUUUUAAAUGAGUUGAUGGGUAAGUAUAAAACAUCGACAAAACGUAUUUAUCAGAUUUGGAGAGGAGAAGAAUCUAAUAGAAUUCUUUGGGAUCAGCCUAUACCUCACUUAAAUGAUAAUAAUGAUGACUCUAAUCAUGAUAGCAAUAUAUCAGCAGAGCUGACACGGCCAAAUUCCAUUGGAAAUAUAUUUCAUAUAGAGUCCCAGGUUUUAGAUGGGGAUAGUGCUUAUCCCAUGUCUCAAAGAGACGUUCCUAUGGACAUGCAAAGUGAUAAUGUAUCUGAAGAACGAAUACGACCAAAUAA